GCAAAGUCGCCAGAGUCCACGGGAGCAACUCGCCAUUUUGCGCAACAGUGCCAUCAACCCAAUCACGUCGAUGGUUCUGAAAAAUUCUAACUUCCAAUGCUUGGUUCGGGUUCUCAAUCCACCAAGGUCGGGCUCUCUCACUAGAUAAGUUGGCUAGAAACCCUAGCUUGUAAAGAGGUUGGAAUCCCUCAUCUGCUCUCCCCGAAAAACCAAUUUUCGAUCUACCGAAUAGGUUUAUUGUGAUUUCAGGCACUAUAAAUACGUAAAGUUGCUCCUCAAGUCUCAUAUAUUUAACUUAGAGCUUCACAGAGAUGGGAACAGAGCAAAUCCCAGAAGUGUUACUGAACUCUGGCCAAAAGAUGCCAUUAAUUGGCAUGGGAACAAGUGCCAUGCCCCAGCCACCGCAUCAUCAUCUCACCUCCAUUCUUGUCGAUGCCAUUAAGGUGGGCUACCGCCAUUUUGACACUGCUGCCUCCUAUGGCUCAGAAGAAUCUCUUGGCCAAGCUGUUGCAGAAUCUAUAGAGAGAGGCCUCAUCAAGAGUCAUGAUGAAGUGUUCAUCACUUCAAAGCUAUGGUGCAACUGCAACCACCAUGACCUGGUUCUCCCAGCCCUCAACAACACACUCCAGAAGCUGGGAAUGGAGUAUGUGGAUCUUUAUCUGGUGCAUUUUCCGUUGAGGUUGAAGAAAGAAGCUGUAAGCUUUGAGUUUGCAAAGGAGGAUAUCUUCCCCAGCUGGGACAUGAAAGGGACAUGGGAAGCCAUGGAAGAGUGCUGCAGAUUGGGCCUAGCCAAGUCUAUUGGCGUAAGCAACUUCAGUAGCAAAAAGCUCUCUCAGCUUCUCCAAUAUGCUACCAUCCCUCCUGCUGUUAAUCAGGUUUACAAACAGGUGGAAAUGAACGCAGUAUGGCAACAGGUGAAACUGAGAGAGUUUUGCAGAGAGAAGGGGAUUCAUGUGAGUGCAUGGUCUCCAUUGGGAGCAAAUGGAGCCAUGUGGGGCUCACUUGCAGUGGUUGAGAAUCCACUUCUCAAAGAAAUCUCUGCUGCAAAAGGGAAGAGCUUGGCACAGGUUGCAUUGAGAUGGUUGCACCAACAAGGGGUGAGUAUUUUAGUUAAGAGCUUCAAUAAGGAGAGAAUGAAGGAAAAUCUUCAAAUCUUUGACUGGGAACUCUGUGAUGAUGAGCUCGCAAAGAUUGAGCAGAUCCCACAGCGCAGGGGUUUUUCUGGGCAAAUGUUUGUUCAUCAUGAUGGAAUUUAUAAAUCCUCGGAGGAGCUUUGGGAUGAUGAUGCAUGACAUGCUGAAAAUGAGAACAAAUUAUCAGUACACUCUCGUUAUCUAUUUGGAGAUCAUCUUGAUCUUCAGUAGAAAUCCCUGUGAUUUCUUCCACCAUCAAACGACCAUGGAUUUCGUUGAAAUAUCAGCGUAAUUUCGGAUAUCGGUGGUGGUCAAUGGCCGAUAUGAAAUUAGUCACCGAUUAUUGGUUGAACAGAAUUUUGGCAAAAAAUCGGUGAAAUUGUUGAUAUAUCGGCCAUUGGUAAUGAUGUAAUCAAUUAUGAAAAAAUAUUUCCUAAAUUGACAAUGUAAUCAAUACAUACUAUGUAUUCUAGGUAGUCCAAUCAUAAAAAAAAACAAUAAUGUAAAAAAUUAUGAAAAAUAAUGUGCUAAAUCGAUAAUGUAUUUGAUAGAUACUA